GGCUACUUAGACCUUUCAAACAUAACGAUUUACAAGUCCUCAACUUCCUGUCUUUAUCCUCCUGAUUCUUGCACUCUCGUCAAUGUUUGUACAAUCAUGGCCCGGCUAAACGGUUGCUUCCCGAAGCUCCUCCCCACGCUAACCGGAUGGAGGAGAUUAGCCAUCCUGAACAUCGGCGCGAUGACCCUUCUGACGCUGUUACUAUGCGGCUUCACCGUGGCUUCGAUCCUCAAAACAGACCUCACACAGAUAGGAAGAUAUCACAUCAAUGGCGAAUACAACUUCGAGCGAGGGGCCGCCGUGCGCAACGGUUUUCUGUUCCACUCUUCGCCGUGUCGCGAACCGACGGCGGGUAACAUCAACACGGUCCUCCAUCUACUCGUCAACGCCGUGUCCAGCGCGAUCUUGGCGUCUUCUAGUUUCUUCUCGCAGGUACUCAGCUCGCCAACGCGUGCAGAGGUGGACGUUUCGCACGCGCGGGGCAGAUCUGUCGACGUCGGAGUGCUGUCAUGGCGUAAUGCACUGCGAUUGUCUCCCUUCAAGACUGUGGCUUGGGUCGCACUGUUGGUCACAUCGCUGCCACUGCACUUGCUCUUCAACAGUGCCAUACUGCAGUCGGUCGAUUCUGAGGUCUCGCUCCAGGGGGAUGAUGCCGCCUGUUAUGUAGGCGUCUCGAACCCGCUUCUCUUAACGGUCACGCUAGCCUGUCUGGUUAAAGUAAUAAUCUGCGUAACAGUCGUGUGGGUUCUAGGACGCCAGGAGCCUUUGGUCACGCCUGGGGAUGCGGUGGCUUCGUUCAUCUCCAUGCCGGACCCGUCUACCGCUGGCAGGCUAGACAUGCUGAUACCAGCUUGGAAGCACGGGGCUAGCAUUGGUAGUCCGAUACUAUGGCGGCAUACCCCUCGAAGAAGGGCAUCUUGUCUCUCCUCACGGACAUGGGCAUAUACGUACAUUCUGUUCAUCGCCUGCAUCGCGGCUGCAGCUGGCAUUCUUGGGAAAGAAUAUCAUAUGAUACAGAAAGACGGAUGGCUUCCAGCGAGCUUUCGCGACUCUAGCAGCGCCUACACAAUCAUGCCACCCAAAUCUUCCGUUCCCUUCAUCACCACGAUGCUUCUGGCCAACAUCCCACAACUUGUCCUUUCAGUCUGGUAUCUUGCGUACAACGCCAUCCUGACUCGGCUGCAACUCAGCCAGGAAUGGGCUCUGCUUUCCGCAUCGUGCCGGCCCCUUCGUGUCUCUCAGCCCAAAGGUCGACAAGUCGGUACAUAUAGGCUUCAGCUCCCAUACAGAUACAGCAUCCUCCUUAUCAGUCUUAGCGCUGUCAUGCAUUUCCUGCUCUCCAAGAGCUCGUUUGUGCUACUCUACACGGAUGACGAUCACUCACCAGGUUUUGACAGUUUCGAAGACUUGCAAACCCUACCCAGAGACCUUUUAGUCGCCUGGGGUCUAUCUCCAACAUACUUAGCCGCCCUACUUGCCCUAGCCGUGACCGCUAUCCAGAUUCCCUGGCUUCUGGGAUUGUUGCGACUGCCUGGGUACAUGCCACCCGUCGGAUCAGACUCGCAGGCCAUCGCGGCUGCUUGUCAUGUCUCACCGUUAGCUAAAGCUCCUCUUAGCGAGCAAAUGGAAGGGAAAGGAGAAGGCUACGAGCCCGUGUCGAUGGCCGACGAAGAGGGAAAUAGUGGUCUUCUAGCCGUGUCUAGAAGUCUUCUCUCAUGGGGCGUGGUGAAGAUGCCUCAGGAUUGGUAUGAUGCUCAGGUGGAUCGACGUGAUAGUUCAGGAACCGGCCGGCCGGUGGAGCAUUUGAGUUUUGGUACGGCAUUGGAUGGUGUAAAAAGGCCUAUCAGGGGACGUUUCUACUCAUAAUCAUGAUUUGGGUAUCUUCAUACAUUCGAUUUAUAGCGAAAUAUCCAUCUAUAGAUCCCUUCUGGUAUCUACGC